AUGUAUCAAUGUAAAAACUCAACUAAAUGUAUUUCAAACUCUUGUCUACUUGAUAGAAUUCAAGAUUGUCCAUUAAAUGAUGAUGAAACAUUUACUGAAAGUUGCUCUUUGCCUGAUGUUCAUCGUCGUUUUUCGUGUUCCAUUGGAUCCUAUAGAACAUGUUUAGUACCAUUAAUUAUUGAAGAUAGAAAAAAAGAUUGCGAUAAUGGUGUAGACGAACGUCGAAAUGAAGAAAAAUUAAUCGAAAAACAUAUUUAUUUUCAAACAAUAUGUGAUGGUAAAAAAGAUUUAUUACCAAUAUUUAUCGAUGGACAAAAUGAAACUGAUGAAACAGAAUGUGAUUCUUGGUUAUGUUAUAAUACAUACAGUAGAUGUGAUCAAUAUUGGCUAUGUAAAAAUGGUGCUGAUGAAGUUAAUUGUCCAUCUUCUAAUUGUUCUGAAUAUGAACAUGAAUGUGUCUUUCAAAAUGAUACUUCGAAAGUAUCAUGUUUACCAAUCCAUCAAGUGGGUGACGAUAUUAUUCAUUGUUUAGGUGCAACUGAUGAACGAUAUCGUAAUCUAUACGACGAAGUAGACAGUUUUUCGUACCUGUUCAAAUGUUGGAAUGAAUCAAAGUUUAUUAGGCAUGCUCAUUUUUGUGAUCGAAGUGCACGAUGUCGGUUUGCUGAUGAUGAAACAUUUUGCACGCCCUAUAAAAAUUCCACUAGUUCGAAUUGUUUUAUUUUGGAAUCAUCUCUUCGAAACGAAGUCGAAAAUUUCUUGUGUUAUAAUUUUCAGAGUGUUAAACGAUCAAAAAUGAUCUAUUUCAAACUAAGUAGCAUGCCGAUUUAUUCAAAACAAUCCAUAUCGGAUCGAGUUUCUUCAGAACCAUUUUUUCAAACAACAACACAAUCUCUUCGAACUGAUACAUUAGUCAAUCUUAGUCUAGAGGAGAAAUGGCAAUGUAAUCGUGGACUUCCGAUACGUAUUUGA